AUGAUGCAAGCCAAGAAGAUUAACUACGACGUCAUCGGACUGACCGAGACGAGGCGACGUCACCCUCUCAACGCCGUACAUGAAAGUGGAAAAGAAUUGUUUCUAGGAACAUGCAACAGUAGGGGAGUUUUUAGAGCUGGCGUCCUCGUCAACACGAGUAUCGCACAGAACAUGGACUCUUUCGAACAACUUACGACCCGAAUCGGACGUCUGCGGAUGAGUAGACGUGGUCCAACACCAGCUUUGCCUAUCUUCGUCGUUUACGCUCCAGCAUCGAGCUACGAAGAAGAUGUCCAAGUUUUCUAUAUGGAUCUGGAGAAGUUCUACCAAAAAGAUCAUGCCUUUUACAACUUUAUAAUUGGCGAUUUCAACGCCAAAUUGGCCCAAGAAGAACGCCUGAGAAAAUUCGCUUCGGGACCCACGGCCUACAAUCGAAUGAACAGGGGAAGAGGCUCUCAGAAGUUCACAGAGCGAAAUCCCAGAACUAUCAUUAACUGGGAUCUCUUCGCUACGCUAGCCGGCUUUCGGGAAGAUUCCGCAAUUCACAACAUCGACGAGGAGUAUGGCCGGCUCGGUGAACACCUUCACGACUGCACGAAGAAGGCUGAGAGUUUUAAAACCGCCAAAAGACGCCUUUCUCUCGAAACUCUUGAGCUGAUACGCCAGCGUAGAGCAGCACGAGCCGCAGGGAAACAAGAACUCACGUCCGAACUCGCAAGGCUUUGCAGAGAGGCGAUAAAAGGAAGACCUUGA